CAUUUGGAGACAUUUAACAGAACCAGGGUUUUGUAACCCUGUGGGUUUGACCUCAAGGAAAGACAUCACUUCGACUGCAGAAGGCAUUUUCAGUGGACGACACUCUCUUGCUUUUACACCAUCGAUAAAGAAGUCUCCUUUACUGAAGGCUAUCCUAUAUAAAUCCCACUCAUAUAUCUGUUCUUAAACCACAUAUUCUUUUUUUACCAACUUAUAGGCAAUUCUUGGGUACCCAGAAAAGCUUAACAUGUUCUUCCCUUGCAUCAUCACUCCAACUCAAUCCAACAGACAAAAGAGCAGGGACUCUUAUAUGGAGUUUGAGGGCGUUGAGGCUGAAGAUGUUUUCUAUGCAGAGCUUAGAAGGCAGAUUUUGCUUCUGACAGCAGAUAGCGAUGAUUUUGACAAAAUUAGAUGUGAAAAAUCGCUUCCCUCCUGCAAACCAGGUUCGAACAGAUUAACUGGCAGUUUUCCUGUGAGAUUACAACCUGAAAGCUAUUUCAACUGGUGGGAGAGACAGAACACAAAUGAUUCAGUACCAACUUGGCUCGUGAAUUUAUGGAGAAACGGCAAUGGUACAGGAGUUUUCAUCCCUCGAGCUGCUAAAGCUGGAAGAAUAUACAGCCGUGGCAAAAUGACUAGUGGAAGAAGACAAGUGUACAAGCAAGUGGGGCAGAGAGAGCUAUCAAACCGGCAGCCAUUACACAGUUCGGCAGCCCAUUUGUAUUGUACCUCAUAGCUCAAAAAGACCUUGAAAAGAC